AUGAUAAACAAGCCUGUUUCUGUUGCUCAGUUGGUUAAGGCAUCAUCCAUGGUGAUUGAGUCUGUUUUGUCUCACACAAGGCCAGAGUGUGUUCAUUUAUUGUAUCCUUCUUCUUAUAGUGUUCAUUUAUUGUAUCCUUCUUCUUAUAGUGUUCAUUUAUUGUAUCCUUCUUCUUAUAGUGUUCAUUUAUUGUAUCCUUCUUCUUAUAGUGUUCAUUUAUUGUAUCCUUCUUCUUAUAGUGUUCAUUUAUUGUAUCCUUCUUCUUAUAGUGUUCAUUUAUUGUAUCCUUCUUCUUAUAGUGUCGUGUUCAUUUAUUGUAUCCUUCUUCUUAUAGUGUUCAUUUAUUGUCCUUCUUCUUAUAGUGUUCAUUUAUUGUAUCCUUCUUCUUAUAGUGUUCAUUUAUUGUAUCCUUCUUCUUAUAGUGUUCAUUUAUUGUUCCUUCUUCUUAUAGUGUUCAUUUAUUGUAUCCUUCUUCUUAUAGUGUUCAUUUAUUGUAUCCUUCUUCUUAUAGUGUUCAUUUAUUGUAUCCUUCUUCUUGUUCAUUUAUUGUAUCCUUCUUCUUAUAGUGUUCAUUUAUUGUAUCCUUCUUCUUAUAGUGUUCAUUUAUUGUAUCCUUCUUCUUAUAGUGUUCAUUUAUUGUAUCCUUCUUCUUAUAGUGUUCAUUUAUUGUAUCCUUCUUCUUAUAGUGUUCAUUUAUUGUAUUCUUAUUAUUAUUGUUGUAAUUGGUAA